AUGGUCGAGCCCGGAGGACAAGCUAGAGCUGAGGCUCUCAUGGCGGCCUAUAUUGACCUGUGCAACCAGAUCAGAGUCGCAUACCUCACUCAGCAGCAAGAUAUCAUGGUGUUACGUGCCCGCGAGGCAUCUACCCUACGACUGCAACAGGCACAUCGUCAAUUCAUACAUCAAGACGACCUUGAUUAUCUUCUCGAGAACCUCGAUUAUCUUCUGCGCAGUCUCCACACGAAAAUCGCCACAAUUGUAGAUCAGCCCGACAUUGCACCAGCUCGGGUUUUGACCCAUAUUGCUGGUACAGGCCAGCGAGGUCGGCCAAGGAUUGAGAUUCAAUGCGAAUUCCUUGUCGCCGCAACUGAGCUUCGACGUCCUGCUGACAUAGCUCCAGUUGUCAAUGUCUCUACACGUACAGUCCGUAGGCGUCAACUAGAGGCAGGGGUGAGACAACCAGGUCUACCUGUCUCUAUUCAACGCGCUGAUGACACUGGCCAGCGUGUAACUAUGUAUCCAGGGCACCGCUCACAAAGUCAACUGGAGUUGACAGACCAAAACUUGGAUGAACUCAUGCGAGAGGGCCUCACACUCUUUCCUGCCUUCGGUCAGCAAAUGCAGGAUGGCUUCCUACGAUCAAGGGGAUUCAGAGUUCCACGUGAGCGCAUACGAUCUGCAUUUCUCCGUGUCAAUGGUGCCCCGGCUGAAUUUGGUCGCCGUCGGAUUGAGCGACGAAAGUACAAUGUUGCCGGUCCCAACUCACUCUGGCAUCAUGAUGGCCAUCACAAACUCAUCAGAUACAAGUUUAUCACACACGCUUUUGUGGAUGGCUACUCUCGCAUGGUCGUUGGGAUCCACGUCGUCACAGAUAAUCAUGCUACAACUGUUCUCAGCCUCUUUGAAUCUGUGGUAGACUGCUUUGGUCGCCCUAGGCGCGUCAGAGGUGACUAUGGGAUCGAGAAUGUCGAAGUCGCUCGUAACCAAGAGGCGGCCAGGAUGAGGCUUGUCAGUGGUAGACGCGGACGGCCAUCACCUGCAGACUUGUUUCUGUUUGGAAUGAUUGAGCAUGGGACCCGUGGUCUGAACGAGGAUCAUCGCAAUCUGGAGGAGGAGCAUCACAAUCUUGAUGAGGACUAUCUGGAGAAUCCUGCAGAGUAUGGAGUUGACUGGGACGAUCUAGAGGGUAUUUAUGCUCGGCAUAGACUUCAAGGAGACGAAGAGAUUCGUCUUGAAGGGAGCUUUGAAGAGGUUCAAGUGCCGGCCAACGUCUUCCUUCGUGCUCCCCCACCUCGAUUUGCUCGUGUGAUUGUUGAGCCCCACAAGAGGCUCCUCUUAGAACAGAGCAGAUUCAGGAGCUAG